AAAGCCAUCACAUCAUCAAAACAUUGAUGCAAGCAGACAAGCACACAACAAUUGACAGAAACCCACGUAUUAGCUUUAUAAGGCCGUUGUCAUGCGUUGAAAGCCUGCUUCUUCCAUUCCUACAAAAUAUUGUUAAUCUUCUCUAUCACUCGAUAAUCCCACAAAUUCCUAAUCCAAAAAUUUAACCUUCGCCAUUUCCACUAUCUAAUAUGGCACCAUCUACACUUGUAUGUGACACAGAUUCUUGGCAAAAUUUGAAGACCCAUGUUGCUGAAAUUAAGAAGACCCAUCUUCGUGAUUUGAUGAAUGAUGCUGACAGAUGCAAGUCCAUGAUGGUUGAAUUUGAUGGGUUGCUGUUAGAUUACUCCCGGCAAAAUGCAACUCUUGACACCACAAAUAAGUUGUUUCAGCUGGCAGAGGCUGCCCAUCUCAAAGAUAAGAUUAAUCGAAUGUUUAAUGGAGAGCAUAUUAAUAGCACUGAGAAUAGGUCUGUUCUCCAUGUUGCUCUUCGAGCACCAAGAGAUGCAGUGAUAAACAGUGAUGGGAAGAAUGUGGUCCCUGAUGUGUGGCAAGUUUUGGAUAAAAUUCGGGAAUUUUCUGAGAAAGUCCGAAGUGGUUCAUGGGUUGGCGUCACAGGGAAACCGCUGACAAAUGUAGUUGCUGUUGGUAUUGGAGGGAGCUUCUUAGGACCACUCUUUGUUCACACAGCUCUCCAAACAGAACCUGAGGCUGCUGAAUGUGCAAAAGGGCGUCAGCUACGCUUUCUGGCAAAUGUUGAUCCAAUUGACGUUGCAAGAAAUAUUACUGGAUUGGAUCCUGAGACUACUCUAGUUGUUGUUGUGUCAAAGACUUUCACGACUGCUGAAACCAUGUUGAAUGCUCGAACACUGAGAGAAUGGAUUUCCUCUGCACUUGGGCCUGAAGCUGUUGCAAAACAUAUGGUUGCUGUUAGCACUAAUCUGACGCUUGUCGAAAAAUUUGGCAUUGAUCCUAGAAAUGCUUUUGCAUUCUGGGACUGGGUUGGAGGCAGAUAUAGUGUAUGUAGUGCAGUUGGAGUUUUGCCUUUGUCUCUUCAGUACGGGUUUUCUAUUGUAGAGAAGUUUCUGAAGGGAGCUUCAAGCAUUGAUCAACAUUUCUAUUCUGCACCCUUUGAGCAAAACUUACCGGUUCUUUUAGGUUUGUUGAGCGUUUGGAAUGUUUCAUUUCUUGGACAUCCAGCAAGAGCUAUAUUACCAUAUUGUCAAGCAUUAGAAAAAUUUGCUCCUCAUAUUCAACAGGUUAGCAUGGAAAGUAAUGGAAAAGGUGUCUCAAUAGAUGGUGUAGUGCUGCCUUUUGAGGCUGGUGAAAUUGACUUUGGUGAGCCUGGAACAAAUGGACAACACAGCUUUUAUCAGCUAAUUCAUCAGGGACGUAUUAUCCCUUGUGAUUUUAUAGGAAUUGCAAAAAGUCAGCAACCUGUAUAUCUCAAAGGUGAAGUAGUGAGUAAUCAUGAUGAGCUCAUGUCUAACUUCUUUGCACAGCCAGAUGCACUAGCUUAUGGGAAGACUCAAGAAGAGUUGCAGAAGGAGAACGUAUCUCCACAUCUUGUCCCGCACAAGACCUUCACUGGAAACCGUCCUUCUCUGAGCCUUUUACUUCCAUCUCUGACUGCAUAUAAUGUUGGACAGUUGCUGGCCAUCUAUGAGCACAGAAUUGCAGUUGAAGGUUUCGUAUGGGGUAUUAAUUCUUUUGACCAAUGGGGAGUUGAGCUAGGAAAGUCACUGGCAACUCAGGUUAGGAAACAGCUUCAUGCAUCUCGCACUAAUGGAGAAGCUAUCAAAGGCUUUAAUUUCAGUACUACAACAGUGUUGGCAAAGUAUCUACAGGAGAGUUUUGAAGUCCCUGCUGAGCUUCCGACCAAGCUACCACAGGCGUAGGCUUGUAGCUACUGGCGGAGGGAGAGGGGGUACAAGGGGGGACAGCUGUCCCCCCUCUUUGAAAAAAAAUUAGUUUUUUUUAAAAAAAUAAAUAAUGUAAGUAAUUUUAGAUAUUUUCAUCUUUAUUUAAGUUUAAUUGUUUAAAUCUAUCAUCACUUGAAAAAAGGCAUCACUCCUCCGAAUGAGUUUGGCAAUGUGUUGAAGGAUAUUCGAAGGCUAACAAGUGACUGCAGCUCUUUAUCUUUCUCCUUCAUCAAGAGAUUGGGUAAGGUAGUGGCUCAUAGCUUACCUAAAUUAAGUUGCAAUUUUAAUGACUGUUGUAUUUGGCUAAAAGAGUAAGAGGCUAUUUGUAAUGAUCUUGCAAACUUGAUGGUUUAAUAAAUGGCUAAGCUUUCGGUUUGUGUAAAAAAAACAAAACAAAAAAAAAAAA